GUUUCUGUCUCUUCCUGUCUCACUCACGGAAUUGUAUUUGUUCUCAUUGAUUGUUCUCACUUUCCCAGCAGCACUUAAUUUCUUCCUGGGCUGCUUGCCUCGCAAGCUCGUCGACAACUCUGCUCGCGUUAUCUAAUCCCUAUCUUCACACGCCUUGUGAGACUAUAUCUCGAAUCUUACCAUCUCGGCUUCCUACCCACAAUGGCUACGCCACCUGUCCGACAAUGGGGUGUUACACCCCCGAUCUCGACCGUCCUGCCGACCAAGGAUGAACUUUCUGCGAACGACGAUCUCAUUGCCGAGCUCAAGGCUCAGAACAACUUCGAGCUACCGACUGAAACGGAACGGAGAAAACAAGUGCUCCAGUUACUACAGCGCGUCACAGUGGAAUUUGUUCAAGUCGUCAGUCGCAAGAAGGGUCUAUCUCCUGCUGCUGUCGAGGCUUCCGGGGGUAAAAUCUUCACGUAUGGAAGUUAUAGACUGGGUGUAUACGGACCAGGCUCCGAUAUCGAUACUCUAGUCGUUGGACCUAAACAUGUCCUGAUCGAUGAUUUCUUCGCUGAAUUUCCCCCUAUCCUCCAAAGAAUGGCUUCCGAGGGAGCCAUUGAAAAGAUGACUCCCGUGCCGGAUGCGUUCGUUCCAAUUAUCAAGCUUGAGCUGUGUGGAAUCAGUAUCGAUCUGAUUUUUGCCCGCCUCGUCGUUCCCGCUAUCCCGAUGAACCUGGAUUUGAAGAAUAAUGAUUAUCUCAGAGGAUUGGACGAACGAGAGGUGCGAUCGCUAAAUGGAACUCGUGUCACAGAUGAAAUACUGGAGCUUGUCCCCCAACAAAAGACAUUCCGCCUUGCAUUGCGUGCGAUCAAACUCUGGGCUCAACGACGAGCGAUCUACUCCAACAUUGUCGGAUUCCCUGGCGGUGUUGCAUGGGCGAUGCUGGUGGCUCGAGUUUGUCAACUAUACCCGCAAGCAACUGGCUCUGUUAUUGUGGGGAAGUUCUUCAGAAUCAUGAACAAGUGGAAUUGGCCUCAGCCUGUCUUAUUGAAACAGAUCGAGGAUGGACCCCUUCAGAUAAAAGUCUGGAACCCAAAGAUUUACCAUGGUGAUCGAUUCCACCUUAUGCCUAUCAUCACUCCUGCUUAUCCCUCCAUGUGCGCAACUCACAACAUCAGCAUGUCCACCAAGGCUGUUAUUCUCAGGGAGCUGCAGCGAGGUGGCGACAUGGUAGACAAGAUCUUUAUGAAGCAGCUCUCGUGGCAGGAUCUAUUUGCGCGCCACACAUUCUUCACCCACGACUACAAAUACUAUCUCAGCAUCACCGCUUCUAGCAAGACCAAGGAGGCGGAGUCCGUGUGGUCAGGUCUCGUUGAGUCCAAGCUGCGUCACCUCGUUGGUGCUUUAGAUCGCAAGCCAAUUGUUGCAGUGGCACACCCAUUUCCCAAGGGAUUUGAAAGAAUCCAUCUCAUCAAGAACGAGCAAGAAAUGGAAGCAGUCAAGAAUGGGUCAACACAAUAUCAGGCUAAAGGCACAAAGACUGCGAUGACCGAUGAGACUAAGGAUGCUGCUCACCAAGCCGCAGUCCAGAACACCCUCGAAAAUGCAGAGGUCCCAGGGCCGGCCGAGGGCAAGGUCGAGGGCACGGUCGAUAAUGAUGGCCAGACUGUCUACACGACGACUUAUUACAUCGGCCUGGAGCUAAAACCUCUGGAGCCAGGCCAAUCGCGAUCUUUAGAUAUAUCAACCGACUCACAGAUCUUCAAGUCAACCUGCACCUCAUGGCCGGGAUACCAGGAAGAAGUCAUGGAGUUGGCUGUCACCCAUGUUCGCAGCUUUGACUUGCCCGACGAUGUCUUCCAACCCGGUGAGACACGGGCCUCUCGGCCAAAGAAGAAAGUUACCAAACGGUCCGAGGCAGCGGGCCAGAAACGCAGCAUUGGCGAGUUGGACGGUUCAACCGAAGGAGCCGCGAAACGCCAAGUUACCUCCGCAACUCCCGCCUGAAACUCCCUGUCUCCCCUUCGCUCCCUCCAUCCCGCCGGGGCUGGUCCCCAACAUCAAAUUGAUAUCAGAACCUCAAAUUGCUUGUGGUCUCUGACCUAAUAUUGCAGCUUGCAGUUCUACCCCCACCAACCGAACAUCUAACUCCUCGCCAUCUUUGAGUGUUACCCUUCUCUACAGUGAACGUCCCGUGCUCUCGGAGCAUAAGGUUGGUUCGUUCUUCUCUUCGUCUUUCGUCUUUUGUCUUUUGCGUUGCUUGCCCAACAGCUAGACUAGACACCUUUCUUUUUCCCCGCCCUUUUACACUUCACCUCUUACUGGGCAUAUUUCUCACGGCGCAUAUGUAUAUGGGCCGGAUUUAUUCAUUAUCUCGUCUAUUUGGUUGGUGUAGUAUUUCGUUGUCGGUGGAACAGGUGGCUUCCCUCUGCCCAGGUGGGCGUAUUCAUUCGCCAUCUUACAGAUAGUUAAGAUAGUUGAAUGCAAG